AAGCUUCAAAAGCUAUCAGAACUUCCCCAACGUUCUAACAAGUCAUAAGAAAAAAUGAACUCUUUUGUUGUGAUCGCUUUGAGUGCUUGCUUCUUGGCUCUAGCUGUGGCAACGCCGGUUGAGCUGACCGAGGAUCAGAAGGCUCUGGCCAAGCAGCAUGGAGAGAUGUGUUCCAAGGAAAUCAACCUCAGCGAGGAGGAGAUUGCCAAGAUUAAGGCCAAGGAUUACAAGAACCCCACUGAGAACAUCAAGUGUUUUGCCAACUGCUUCUUCGAGAAGACUGGCACACUCAAGGACGGCGUGAUCCAGACUGAGGUGGUACUAACUAAACUGGGUGCCCUGAUUGGUGAGGAGAAGACUCGUGCAGCCCUGGACAAGUGCAGUGCCAUCAAGGGAGAGAAUAACUGUGACACAGCUGUCAAAUUGCACGAAUGCUUCGAAGAGUUCAAAUCUGCCGAAGUUAAGGCUUAAAUCAACUGCGGUUCAAACGACAUAUUCUAAUUAAUUUAUGCUUGUAUUGAAAAACAAUAAUAAUAAAUGUAUUUCAUAAUAGAUAAACAAAA